UUAGAUAAUCAAGAUUUAGUGGGAUUUCCCAUUGAUAAUUAUACAAUCACUCUUCAAUACUUCUCAGAAUAUCACAAAUAACCUAACAAACAAAACGAAUUGUAAUCAAUAUAAAAAAUUCAUGAUUUUGGGUAAAAUAGGAAGUCAGUAUAAGAAAAACUUGGGAGUUAGGACAGAGCUCGUCCACUGUUCAAGAUUUAUAAAAUUUAAAAAAAUAUAUUUUUAUAAUGAUUUUUUUUGGAGAUAUUUUUUCUCAGAACAUUCUUAAAAAAUAUAUGUUUUCAUUAACAAAUCAAUCUCUAAUUGAUAAUUUACACAAAAAAUUCAAUGAGAAUUCUAUAAAAAUAUAUUUUGAUAAUAUUGUGUUUAAGCAACAGUCAAUCUACAGAAACGUAAUAAUAUUUUAGUAGGUAUAGUAAAAUUAGAAGAAACAUAAUAGAGUUAUUGUUUUGCCAAUGGAUUAUUUAACAAUUGAUUUUCUUCAAGGACAAAUUUUGAUUGAACCCAAUCACAUUGAAAUGAAAGAUUUCAAGCUAAUUAUCAGUAAACGAAAUAGGAAAAUAAACUAUUUUCUACUAAUAAUUAAAGAAAGACUGUUUGUUCAAAAUCUUCUUUAUAUAAAGUAAUAAAAAUUAAAUCAAGUAAUUUUAAAACUUAAGUCAAUAAUUAACAAUUGAUUGCCUAGCGCAUACGUCUAAAUCUGACACAUACAAAGGUCUUAACAAUUAUUUACAUAUGUUUAUUAAAAAAAUAUCAAUAAUAUUAUCAUGUAAUAUAAUACAUUUGUUCAUUUUUGAAGACGCAGUAUCAGAGUGGAAUGAAUAUAUAUUGAAUAUCCAAUGAUUUCCAGCAACAAAAUCUCACGUUUCAUUAAAUAACAAUGAAUACACUCUACUGAAUUCGGAAAUCAUAUCUGUAGUGAGCAUUGUUCUACCUUUUAACUGAAAUGCUACCUUAUUACAAGCUCUUGUUAUACUACAUGCGCUAUAACCAGCUAGCAUAUUAUCUGUGUAUUUGUCCAUAAUUUGAGGAAGAUUAUUAGAUCUCCGAAUAGCAACCCAAGACACAAAGGUACUAAGAACACCAGACAACAAAUCACCCUGACCACCGCAACGCCUGAAUGACCCUUCAGACUUACACUGCAGAAUCUUAUCUGUGUUACAUAUCAUAUCAAUUUUGCCUUUGAGAACAAUAGUAACAUUUACACCAAUUUCUUUACAUAAUUCUUCAAUAUAAACUUCAGGAGGUUUAUUUUCACUGGCAUCUACAUUUAAGACACUUUUCAGAAGAUUUUUAAAUUCCAUAACAUUUGGUGUCAAAUACACAUCUCCAGGAUAAUCCUUUAAAAUAUCAGGACACUUUGACAAAAAAAAUAAGGCAUCAGCAUCCAAAACAAUUGGUCUAAAUAAUCCGUUUUGUCCUGGAUUAGAUUUUAGUACAGAAAUAAGAUUUUGAAUGAUAUUGAAUGUCACUUGGUUCCUACCCAACCCUGGGCCUAUCAAGAUUCCAUGUAGUCUAACCAACCAAGGAGAAAUCAAUUCCAUCGCAUCUUCACAAUCUAGAUAGGGUAGAACCAUUAAUUCAGGACUGUAAGAUUUUAUCACAGGAGCUGCACUUGAAGCACUAAAAACAUAAACAAGAUCGGCACCUGUUCUUAAGGCACUUAUUCCAGCGUAGUAAGGAGCACCAGUAAAUUCUACAGAACCACCAAAAACCCCGAUUCUUCCAGAUAAACCUUUGUGUGAAUUUUCAUUCAUAACUGGUAGAAUUUUUCUACAGUUAUCCAACAAAGAGUCCUGAGCUUCUUCCAUUGAAAAUGAGUAUUUAUUUAAAAUAUUGAAACUACUUGUGGUAUAUUUAGGUAAGAAGUUUUUGAAAUAAAAUGAAUACUGCAUUAAAAUUAUAAGUUCGAGCUAUUCAUUGAUUCCUAGUUGAAACUUUAGCUGUGCAAUAAAUAAAUUAACACUCUCUCAAUCUAUCCAAACAUCAUACUUUCCAAAUUUUAAAUAAUAAUAAUAAAUAAACAAAAUAAAAGAGAGCGGUCGAAGUAAAUGAAACGUAAUUUCGAAACUGUUAUCACCUUCACAUGUAAUCAGCUGAUACCCCUACUGACACAGCUGAGAGAUAGCUGGUUAGUUCUUGCUAGUCCUAGUACUGUUCCUCUGUGGUUAGUUUUGAUUUGUGGAAGUCCGUCGUUUUAGUGGUUUAUUACAUCUUUGGAUAAAGUAUAAAAUAUCUACUGCGUUGGUUUUCAACGUAAUUUUAAUUAGUCGUUCACCUAUUAUUAACUUAUUAAAUGAAGAUAAACGUCUAAAUCAGCUGUGUGAUGCAUAUGAAUAAUCUCCAAAUAACAAUAAUGCUAGGACUUAAUCUCUGAAAUAAUGUAUUGAUGCCCCUACCAUAGAGCACCUUGGUUUAUUUUUCCUAGCAGCUGACUCUUUAAGAUGACAACAGUGAGAAGUGGACUGGUUGCUUUAAAGUUGUUGAAGACAUCUAAACAUUAUAAGAAUUUACUGUUUUACGAAUUACGACCAGAAAAUGGGAGACAUCUUGUAACAACUUCUGUAGCUUUUAAAUCAGCUACUGGUCCCGAACCUCCAACUCAUGGACCAACUAGUGGCAAAGGUCCAGAUGGCAUUGCAGGAAGUUUUGGUGCUGGUAAGAAAGGAUCUGGAACUGGAAAAGGGAAAGAUGGACAGCUUUCUUGCCCACGCUGUGGGGAUCCCUGCACUUUUGUUGAAACAUUUGUUUCUUCAACUAGAUUUGUUAAAUGUGAUAAAUGUCAUCACUUUUUUGUUGUGUUAUCUGAAAUGGAUGCAAAGAAAAGUGUCAAGGAACAUGCAAGAGAAGAAGUUAAAGGUUCCUUUGUUCGAAAGCCACCUCCACCUCCUAAGAAGAUUUAUGAUUACCUAAAUAAACAUGUUGUCGGUCAAGAGCAUGCUAAGAAAGUACUAUCGGUUGCUGUAUACAAUCAUUACAAGAGAAUUUAUAACAACCUCCCUUCUCCAUCGGUUCAGCAGCGCCAUGAUAUGGCAGUGAUGGAGCAGUCUCCUAAUUACGCCUUCACACAUAGAGAUCUGCUGCACAUAAAUGGUCUUGGCAUAGGUGUUGGCGGUCCUCCUAGCAGCGGCGGUGGCUCUGGAAUGGGUACUGGCUUCGUGGACCAUGACCACACGAGGCACACGCGACAAGUUGCCAGCUUGGGAUCUGAAGCUUUAGAAUCAAUUAGCCAUGAUACAAAACUGGAAAAGAGUAACAUUCUUCUCCUAGGACCCACUGGUUCAGGUAAAACAUUAUUGGCUCAAACAAUCGCCCAGUGUUUAGACGUUCCAUUUGCUAUCUGUGAUUGCACCACUCUAACUCAAGCAGGGUACGUUGGUGAAGAUAUAGAGAGUGUCAUUUCAAAACUGCUUCAGGAUGCUAACUUUUCUGUAGAUAGAGCUCAGACAGGAAUAGUUUUUCUGGAUGAAGUGGACAAAAUAGGUGCUGUUCCUGGAAUUCAUCAGUUGAGGGAUGUAGGUGGCGAAGGAGUACAGCAGGGUAUGCUCAAGAUGCUUGAAGGAACUAUUGUAAAUGUAGCAGAAAGAAAUUCACCUCGAAAGUUGCGAGGAGAAACAGUUCAAGUGGAUACUACUAAUAUCCUGUUUGUUGCUUCGGGAGCUUAUAAUGGUUUGGAUCGAUUCGUACGUCGCAGGAAAAAUGAAAAGGUGCUCGGGUUUGGUAUGCGAGGUGGUCCUCAAAAUGGUCGUAGAGCAGCUUUAUCAGCUGAUAUUGAAAAUCAAGGUGACUCAGUCCACGAAGACAAUAAGGAAAAGGAUGAACUACUUAAACAAGUUGAAGCGAGAGAUUUAAUUGAUUUUGGAAUGAUACCAGAAUUUGUUGGUCGUUUCCCUAUUCUUGUUCCAUUUCAUUCCUUGGACGAGAGUUUACUUGUGAGAAUUUUAACUGAGCCUAAAAAUGCUAUCGUUAACCAGUAUCAACUACUUUUUAAUAUGGAUAAGGUUGAUCUCACGUUUUCAGUUGGUGCUCUGCACGCGAUUUCCGCUUUAGCUAUGGAAAGAAAAACAGGAGCUAGAGGACUUAGAGCUAUAAUGGAAACUUUGCUUUUGGAAACUAUGUUUGAGAUUCCGGGGUCAGAUAUUGUUUCCGUCCAUAUAACAGAAGAAUGUGUUAAGGGUAAAGGCCAACCUGUUUAUAUAAAAGGAAAAGCUAUUGGAUGUGAUCAUACCACUACAUCCCCGCCUAUGGAGAUGAGAGCAGAGGCAAAAUGAGGCAUUGAGAGAAAAAGUUACAGGAAGACCCCAAGUUAAUAUCUGUGAGUUAAUAACAGACAAUAUAGCCAAUGCCAUGAUUUUUAUCGUGGUCAAAAUAAAAACAAUAAAAAACAGUACAUUUUAUUUGUUGUUAAUCUGGUUUCGGUUCGUUACCAGGAGGUUUAGUACAAAGGUCUGUGAACAGUAAAUUUUGGACCUAAUCUAUCUUCCUUAUGGAUUUUAAGUCGUACUAAACUAUUCAAGCUAAUUCUUAGUGACAAAAUCGUAAACAUAUAUAAAUAUUUUUUUAAUUCAUAUAAAAUGUGAUGUUCUUCAAAACUUUUAUUGCUCAUUUAGGAAAUGUUAGUGAUGAAGCUUUGGACUUCCAAAAUAGAAACUCUAAUGAUUAAAUUACAUAAAUUUUUAUGAAUCGUGAAAUACAUUUUUUUUAGGUUUAAUUUAACUAAAUUUCUAAAUUAUUAGAAAGAAUAAUUAUUAUAAAUUUGAACUUGAACUUCAUAUCGAAUUCGAAGUCAAAACAGAUUUAUAUCUAAGACUAAAAUCUAAUUAUCGGUCUUAAAAAAAUUAUUAAUAAAUAUCAAUAGCUUAUAAAUUAAUUUGAUUUUGUUUAAACUUUUUUUUUUUAAUUCUUUUUACGAGUUUUGUUUAUUGUAGUUUAUAACAGAGAAUUUCAUACUUAAAUUUUUUCUCAUCUGAAUAAUAUAAAAAUUUCUUUCUUCUCAAAAAUAUUGGUUAAUUGUUGCUAAUUAAAAAUUGCCAACAAUUUUUGUAUAUGAUUUUUAAAUACCAGAUUUUAUUUUAAUACAUUUGGAAUUGGCAGUAAAAAAAAAAAAAUAGUUGGGGCUAAGCGUCUAGUUAAAAAAAAUUUAAUUUAUGCAAAAUAAAAUUUUGAUGGAACUGCAGUUUUUUUUUUUAAUAUUAAUAUUGUUUUUUAAUAGAUCUAUUCUUAAUAGAUAUAAUCCUAGUUGUUAUUUGAUUGUUAAUUUGUAAGAAAUCAACAUGUUCAUUUUUGAAUCUAGGUUGAUAAAAAUUAAGAUUUGUGCUGUCUCACCUUCCUUAAUAUUUAUAAUUCGUUAUUAUUUUUUAAAUUAUUGAUUUUUAAUUAGUAAUUAUUCCAAAAAAAAUAUAUAAAGUAUUUUAUGAGGAAUGGAACAUAAAGUUUAUUUAAAAAAAAAAAGAUUAUUUAAACGUUGAUUAAUGUUUUUUGUGAUGAAUAUAUUGCUUGUUUAUUGCAAAAAGUCACAGCACAUUUAUCAUCAAGCUAAUUUUUUUAAGUGCGUAUUUGUGAAUUCUGAUCAUAAUUAUUGAUGAAAAAAAUCAAGUUCUUUUCCGAUUUCACAAAAGCUUUUUUUCCUUACACUAUAUAUUCAUGGAUCUUCCGUCUUAAGAAAAAAAUAAAAUUCAUCAAAUUAGUGGUGAAAUGGCUUUUCGCAAUAAACCAACAAUAUACAAUUUAUUCAUUUGAUAAUGUAAGCAUUAUUUUAACUCAUUCAUUAUUCAAAAUUUUGCUUUUAUCAACUAGAACAGGAGUUUCCAAACGUUUAACCCCUAAGGAAUCUACUUGACUUCUUCGCAAAGUCCCAAAUACACGAAAAACUAGCCAGCUUAUUAUACCAACAUGUUCGUGUCAUUAAUUACAUUUAAAAUGUUCAGUUUCAUAUCUGUCUGUCCUCAUGUUUUUGGAUUGGACAUUCAAAGAAAAAAAACAGAUAAUUAUUUUGUAUUAUUUACUAAUAUUGUAAAUUUUAUAAUGUAAUAAGAAGUGAGAAAAACUAUGGUCGGACAGAUCAGGGGCUCUUGGGUGUUGGCUCACCAGAUUUAGUUUGGACACCUCUGAACUAGAAGAUAUUAUUUUUUACUUUAGUUUUAUAUUUACAAUUGCUAGUAGAAUUAGGGGGAUUUCUAUAUAAUAAUAAAUAUAAGAUCUCUUUAUUUCCUAAUUAUACACAUCCUUCCAUUCACGCAGAGCAUAUACCUUCUAUAUAUCUUUUAUUAGAAUGCAGAUGGCGACUCCUCAUUUUGCAAGUACAACAGUAAGAAAUCCUGUCACACUCCAUCAUCUAACAUUUUAGAAAAAACAUAUAAGAAUUUCAUAGAUGUUUCUUAUGAAAAAUUUAGAGUUUAAUUAUUCCAAUUAUAUUUAUUUUUAAAAAAUAAAUAAUUGAAACUAAUCAUGAAGAAGACAAUUAUUCAUGAAAAUGUAUUGGGCCAUGACUAGAAAAAAUCUGCAUCAACUCAUUAGUUGAUAAAUUGAUUUUUCCUACCAAAUUAUAAAAUUUUGAUUCUUUUUAUAUCAAAAUAAAUUAUACAAAAAUGUUCUUAUAGACAUAAAGAUAAAAUGGAAAUGUGUUGUAAUAAGUUCUGAAAAAUAUUAUAUUGGUAUUAAUAUUUAAUAUUUUAAUUUUUAUGAACAAAUUUAUGGCUUACCUCUAAAAUCUUGUAAGCCCUAAAAAACAAAUUUUAUGCAAGAAAACCAAAACCCAUAUUUCUAUUAAAAUAAAUAAGUUAGCAUUAUUUACUUACAAGAUUACUGUUUUAGUAGCAAAAUGGACUACUAGUUUUUAGAAGUAAAUCUUCAAUAUACCAUUCAUUAAUAUUUCAUACGUGAAUUAUUGGUAACGUAUAACAGUUUCUUAUUAAAAUUACUUUUUUUUUUUUUUUUUUUACCAUCACUUGACUAUUUCUCGUUUCCAAGUCCCACCGUCUUGACUAUAAGAUAUUUGACAUAGUUUGAUUUUAUUGUUAAUAAUAAAGUAAGAAAAUAUCGAUUAUCUCUCUGCCUAGUGUCAGUUAACAGAAUGCCAUCUGAAUUAAGUGAUUGCGUUUACUUUAAUUAUGUUGUAUUCCAAAAAUAAAAAAGACCAAGUUUUCAAUUUAUUGGUACAGACUUAAUCUUAUUUUAUUGUCAUUGCAAAAUAAAAUUUGCUGGCUGUGUAAAUUAUAUAUCUCAUUAAAGGGAGACCUGAUUAAAUGCAAUGUGGAAGGAAGGAGUAGUGUAUAUAGUUUAGUUCUGCAAUAAUCAUUUUUAAAAUUUUAAUUAGAGCUUUAUUAGUAAGGUAUGUUUAUUUUAAUUUAUAAAAGAAAUGUUUAAAACAUUUUUCUAGAUUCUACUUCACACGAGGUGAUUAUGAUAUUUAUGAAUGAAAACUAAAGCGACUUCAUCUAACAUUGAUAAAUUUUGAAAUGAUGUGUAUAAUAAAUGUACAUAUUAUUAAUAUGUAAUUAGGUUUACUUUUAGAAGACUUCCUUUUUUUUUUUUUGAAAACUGUCCAUUAUGAAACCUUAACAUCAGGUUCCUGUUUAUAAGUGAAUGUGAUUUUAUAAUAUAGAUUAGCUAUUUACAUAUUUUUUUAUUAUCAGAAAUAAUUCAGGAAUAAUUGAUGUCUGAUUUCAUAGUUUAUAAUAAAUUAAUUAAAAAUCAUUGUGAUCUUUGAAUUGUUAAAUAAGGGUACUUUUAAAUAUAUAUGAAACAA